CACACAUUUCUUGAAAAUCACAACAUUAUCAACUUCUCAACCACAUAUUUGAUCAACUUUUUAUCAAAAUCUGCUAAAACUUUUAUCAAUAGCUUUGUCACACAGGCCCUUAAUCUUCUUCUUCAGUAAAUUGUACUGGUUUUUCAUAGUUAAGGAUAUGUAAUGAACUAGCUUGAAUUAGUAGGAAUUUUACUGAUUUAUGUUCGACUUGAACAAUGCAGCUUGAUGAUCUUAAGCAUUGCUCAUUCGCUGAGUUCAGCUGGCUAUAUUUUCAGAUAUGCUGGUAUUUUACUGACUCUUGGGAGCAAUUUCGAAUAAAUGGAAAAGUAGAUGUCAUUGAUGGAUCAAAUCCCGAUCCUCUAAAACUUCAGCAAAGAGAGAAAGCUUGGUUUGCCAGUUCUAUUAAAUCAAGACUACAGUAUUUGGAUCCUACUCCAGGAAUUCCUUCUGUGGAUGAACAACCAUCUCAGGUUCCAACUUUGGAUCCUUCAACUAGUCCAGUUGGUGUAUUUUGCCUGCUUGUUCUUGACCCUGAUCAGGUUGACUAUUUAAAUUUGAAGAGCAAUGAGAGGGUAACUUAUACAGCAGGACAUAGUGCUGAAGGGGAGAAAAUUUGGACUUGGGAAAAAGUCAAUGCAUAAGCUUUUCUUUGUGGUUUGAGAAAGUUAUUAUUUCAUUCUGAAAGCACAACUUAAUACGUCGUCUUUGUUUACUAGGCUUUAUUGGAGGAAGAACCGUUCCAAAGAGAAGAAACAUACUGUCUUCUAAUUCUUGAAAAAGGGAAAAGGAUGUUUUAUAUUUUGUAUUUUUUAUCUUUAAUUUGAAUGAUUAUUGCCGAUGGUGAGAGUUGGACAUUUU